GUAGAGCCUUAAGAAGCUCCUAGCCCCCCUGAGCCCUUAACCUCCAGCCACCCACCCAGGCCUCCAUAGCCCAGCUCCUUACUGUGCUAGGGUUUCACUCCCUCCUGGGUGUAGAGGAGGGGAGGCACUUGGACACUCUCUUGAAUACUUUCAACUCUUCUCCUUCUGCCCUUCUUCUCUAAUUCCUGAGGAUUCAACUGAGGCUCUCGCCAUGCCUCUCUCAACUCCCGCCCCCCCAAAGAGGAAGAAGGCCAACAAGAUCAUUACUGAUCUGACCAACAUCACCCAGGACGAUGAAGAAUCGGACCCCGAGGCAUCAGAGUUGGAUCUGGGCACCAAGAUCAAGACUCCUAAAGACACCAUGCUGGAGGAAUUGUCUCUUAUGACCAACAAGGGAUCCAAGAUGUUCAGGCGGAGACAACAGAGGGUGGAGCGCUUCAUUGUCACCAACGAGAAUAUGCAGAAUCUCCAGAGCCUAGUUCCGUCCCUGGGUUGUGAAAUGAUGGCCCCGCCACCUGAGCCUGAACCUGAGCACGUAGAGGAGGAGGUGUUGGAUAAGGAGGCGGAGAAAGAGAAGAGGAGGCAGCAGUAUGUGCGUACUUAUGUGUCUCCAUGGGAACGGGCCAUGAGGGGAGACGAGUCUCUGACUGCCACCAUGCACCACUGCAUGGCAGGACCACACCCCCCCCACGAAAUGCCCAAGUUUAAGAGCUUCAACAGGUCGGCCCUGCCCUAUGGCGGCUCCGAGAAGGCGAGAGGCCACAUGACCUUCGAGCCUCCUGAGAUCCCAUUUGAGCUGGAGCCUCUCCCUUCCCUGCAGGCAGACAUUAGGUCCCGCCCCUCGUUCAACCGCACCCCCAUCGGUUGGGUGUGCAACCCGGAGGACAACUCACACAUCCACAAGCAGUUGGACGACAUGCUGCCCUUCGACGGAGAGACGGACAAUCUGUAGACACACACACACACACACACACACACACACACACACACACACACACACACACACACACACACACACACACACACACACACACACACACACACACACACACACACACACACACACACACACACACACA